GCAUGUACCCAACUAACGGUGCUACGUCUAGCACAAAAUAUGAUCACGGGUUCCAUACCUCCAGUCAUUUCGAAAUUGUCCAACCUAGAACAACUAAGACUCGAUUCUAAUCAUCUCAGCGGUGAGAUUCCACCAGAAAUCUGCACUUUAGCAAAUCUAUAUAGCCUUAACUUAUCAUCAAACCAAUUAUCUGGAUCCAUACCUACACAGGUAGAAAAGCUAAGCAAUCUAGGAUACCUUGAUAUAUCUGGGAACAUACUGAGUGGAUUAAUACCCGAGGAACUAGGAGCAUGCAUGAAACUACAGUCCCUGAAGAUCAACAACAACAACUUUGGUGGGAGCUUGCCUGGUGCGAUUGGAAAUUUAGCAGGCUUGCAGAUCAUGUUAGAUGUGAGCAACAAUAACCUCAGUGGUGUGUUGCCGCAACAACUUGGGAAGUUGCAGAUGCUAGAAUUUCUGAAUUUAUCACAUAAUCAGUUCAGUGGCAGCAUUCCAUCCUCCUUCGCAGGCAUGGUGAGCCUGUCAACACUCGAUGUGUCCUACAACGGCUUAGAAGGACUGGUGCCAACAACACGGCUACUCCAAAAUGCUUCAGCAAGUUGGUUUCUUCCCAAUAAGGGUCUGUGUGGUAACCUCUCUGGCCUGCCACCUUGUUAUUCAACCCAAGUAGCUGCUCACCAAAAAGGGAAGAUACUUUGUUUGCUUUUGCCAAUUGUUCUUGUGAUGGGUUUCAGCAUUGUUGUUACAAUUGCUGUCAUAAAAAUGAUUAGUCGAAACAAGAGUAAACCACAAGAAAAUGUUACCGCUGAAGCAAGGGACCAAUUCUCUGUUUGGAAUUUCAACGGAAGAUUGGCAUUUGACGAUAUUGUAAGGGCAACAGAAGACUUUGAUGAUAAGUACAUCAUUGGAAUGGGGGGAUACGGCAAAGUCUACAAGGCACAACUCCAAGAUGGGCAGCUGGUUGCUGUGAAGAAGCUUCAUCAGACCGAAGAAGAGUUGGAUGACGAAAGAAGAUUUCGUAGUGAGAUGGAAAUCUUAUCGCAGAUCCGACAACGAAGCAUCGUCAAAAUGUAUGGAUUCUGCUCCCAUCCAGCGUAUAAAUUUCUUGUCUACGACUACAUUCAGCAGGGCAGCCUCCAUAGGAUACUGGAAAAUGAGGAGCUAGCAAAGGAAUUCGAUUGGCAGAAGAGAAUUGCUCUUCCAAAUGAUGUGGCUCAAGCAAUAUCUUAUUUGCACCACGAAUGCAGUCCACCUAUAAUCCAUCGAGAUAUCACGAGUAACAACAUCUUACUUGAUACAACCUUCAAGGCUUUCCUCUCGGAUUUCGGCACAGCAAGGAUUCUUAAGUCUGAUUCAUCAAACCGGAGUGCACUAGCAGGAACGUAUGGCUACAUAGCUCCUGGUAUGUGCUAGUAUAACCUUUCUUGUCACCACACAAGCAUUCAGCUCUAUCAAUUUGUUCCUAAUCCUAAUGUUCUUCUCGAUGUUGUGCAGAAC